GUACAAUAGUACGUACGUACCGUACGGUAACUAGAGUGAGUACCAUACUGCGUACUGGACGAAAGAUUGUUCGUACCGCAAUACAGUACAAGUUCAAAAGAUUUUCAGAUCGUUUCUGUUUCGAGUUGGAUUUUGUCAGGUACUUCUAGUAAAAAAUAAUGACAACUUCAUUGAUUGUUGUGAGUUGAGAUCGACUUAGAAGCGUGAAGAUGGCGCUGUCGACAACGAGAUACAAAAAUCACAUUAAAUCCUUUUUCUGGACAUCCAUAACUAGGAUUGCCGUCCCCGGUGGUUACAAUCACUGUUUGUCCCAACCAAAAUCCAGACUUCCGGUGACGUCGGCAUUGGGUAUGUAUCACACCACAACUGGAUGUUACUCCAACAGUGACAAGAGAUUACCGACAUCCUGGUCCGAAUUGAUUGCUUCUCAGAGCGGAAACGGUGAAGUGGGUGGCGGCGACAACAAAUCAUACGAACGGCCCUUUUGGAGCGAUGAAUGGAAGCGUCUCGGCCUUGGGGCCGCUCUGAUAGAAAGCGAUGGCAAUUUUCCACAGAACCUGUUCUUCGUUCAGCUAGGAUUUGGCGUCGACCAGCACGGAGAUAGACUCAGAGAUGGCUUUGCCACCAAGGCCGCCGUACGGGCCGUUCGAAAUGCCAUUGAAUUCAACUCCAUUCCCGGGGUCAUCGACCAUGUGCCGGGAGGGCGAAAGGGGAUGAUAAUUCAUGUCAAGCUCGGCGUACCGCCACCGGUCGAUCGUCCCAACAACGUUGCCGCCUCGAUUGAUGCUCUCGAGGUGGCCAAAGUAUUUCCAUAUGGAAAACUCUUGCCGAUCGAAAUAGUCACCGGUGGCUUGGAGUUUCACUCAGGACGUGUGGUAGAAGAGCUUGGAGACGACGACGAUGUCGGGGUGUGUUGCGUGGCAUGUGUGUCGAUCGGCUACAACGAUGACAAUUCUUCUAGCUGCAGGUACGAGAGCGGCAACGAGAAUGAAACAGUUCACAAGACAUACAAUACCAAAGAUGGGUACUGAUCCAACGAAAGGAAUGCUUCGAAGAACAGGACGGACGAAAGAAAGGAAGACGAAAACAAAAUUGACUGCAACGAAUAUUCAAUUAUAAUAUUUGCGAAUAAAUGAACUUCUGGCGACACUAUAAAGCAACCUUUCGUUAGGGGAUAAUCUUUGAUCAACACAAAUGUAGGGGAGGUUCAGCGAUUCGGUCAUCAUAAAGGUACUGGUGGCGCCGUCUCAGGCCUUACAAGUACAGGGAAGAAAUCACACGAAAUGAAUUUGAAUCACACGUUUGAGGUAGUUUUCAAAUCUAUUGAAGCACUAGCAUUAUCAAAGACGGAAUUUCUGCAAUAUUGUUCCAUCUAAUCCCCUUUGGUACCUGAGACUAACUACGGCGAGGAAAUUGUCGUAGAUCUUGGUUUGCAUCGUUUUGGUAUUGCUAUUAAAGGACAGUCGCUACCAGCUGCAUUUGAAGUCGAAGUUGCAGUAAGCAAUCUUGCAUUCUUGUUUCUUUCCAAAAGGGUAUAGUCUAUUUUCAGCGGUAGUUGAAAGCAAUGAUUGCUGGCAGCGCUGUUUUCCUGAUCGUGUACAGACCCGAAGUAACACAAGAGGGGGAAGGAGGCGAGGGGUUAUACGGCACUAUCUAUUCCGAUCAACAGUCAGAAUUGUGAUUUCUCAAGCAAAAGGAUAUAGUCAACACGAAGUUCGCAUUUCUCUUAUGUCGAUACCGAAUCGAUUCCAGUUAGUUCUGUUUCUCUCAACAUGGUUAGUGGCCCGUCGCGUUAUCAUACAAUUUCCCUUCCCGAAUAACUAUCCCUAUCGAUCUGUUCGUUCUUGUUGUCGUCGUGCUGCAGCGAGUCUUCUCGCUAGCUUUCCUGUUGUUGCAGCUGCUGUUGUAAACGAUUAAUAUGCUCGUCUUUUCGUUGGAUUUCGUUCUUUGCGGUUCGAAAUAGAGUCCCUAUGUUUCG